CAGGGUGACGCUGUCCAUGGUGGCGGCACCAGGGCAGGUGACGGUUCCUGUGCCGUCAAUGCCACCCUGGCUGUGCCCACAGGAGCCGACCUGGAUGCAGGACGAGGAUGAGGAGCUGUGGCCCGAGUUCCCUGCCAGCAGCCCCACGUCCCCCCUGUCCCCCACAUCCCCCACAUCCCCCAUGUCCCCAACAUCCCCCCUGUCCCCCACAUCCCCUAUGUCUCCCACGUCUCCCACAUCCCCCACAGCUGGCACCAUCGAGGGCUUGGGGGGCAGUGAGAGGGGUGCUCCAACGGGGGGGCCACGGAGCAAGGUGUCCCCUGGGCCAGUGGGGCAGAGGCCAAGGCUGGAGGGGGCCGUGGGGAGGCCACGUUCGAGCACUCGGGCCCACGGGCGCAGCGCCAUCCUGGAGAAGUUUGGAGGGGCAGCCACGGGGCCAGCCCCAAACCUGAAGCGGGUGGGGGGCACGGCCACGGUGAAGGCGAUGCUGCUGGAGUGGUGCCGCGCCAGGACCCGCGGGUACGAGUACGUGGACGUGCAGAACUUCUCGGGGAGCUGGGGCAGCGGCCUGGCCUUCUGCGCACUCCUGCACAGCUUCUUCCCUGACGCCUUCGACUACGGCAGCCUGGAGCCGGGCGCGCGGCGCCACAACUUCACCGUGGCCUUCACCACCGCCGAGGAGCGGGCGGGCUGCGCCCCGCUGCUGGACGUGGAGGACAUGGUGCGAAUGGCGGUGCCCGACGCCAAGUGCGUCUACACGUACCUGCAGGAGCUGUACCGCUGCCUCGUGGCCAAGGGGCUGGUGAAGACCAAGAAGCGCUGAGCGGGGUCCCCGCGGUUCCCCCCGGGGACACCCCCUGCUGCGGUCCCCACUAGUAAAGGCUGUGGUGAUGGA